AUUAUGCAGUCUGGCACAUACUUCGUCUCAUACAGUCAGGGCAUCAUCCGGUGUAUGGUGCUGUGCAGAACCACUGCUAUAUCAACGUGUUGCCAUUGAAAUACCUCAUUUUGAGAACGGAAGAGCACAUACGCAUACAACAGUGUAGCCUAUUGCCGUUAUUUUUCUUAAAAAGGUGUUGCAAGUUAUACGAAUUUCAUUCAGCUUCUUAAAAGUAGCUUUUGCGGUUUUUAGUUUCAGUUAAAUUCGGGAAGCGUUAUUGCCCUUUCAAAAGCAAAAAUGAAAACCAAGUUCAUAAAUGGGGUAUCAUCGUCCCCUUCGAUGUCCCUUGGCUUGCUGGUCUCCGAAAACGAACUGCACGUCCAGCCCGACACUGAACCUGAAUGCAAAGAUGUAGUUCGGCCUGAGGAACCCGAUCAGCAGACCAAACACAAGGCGUAUUUGUGGUGCAAAGAAUUUCUUCACGGUGCGUGGAAACUGUUGCAUGAAGAGGAUUUUCAAAUCAGCAUUAUAAGGGGAGGAUUAAGCAACCUGCUGUUCCUCUGCGCCUUGCCGGAUGGCGCUGCCAGCGUGGCGGACGAGCCCAGGGAGAUUCUCCUGCGUCUGUACGGCGCCAUCCUGCAGAUGUCCUGUAACAAAGGAGAAGCCAAACAGUCAGACACAGGAAAUAACUCUGAAGGUACAGAGGCCAUGGUGCUGGAGAGCGUGAUGUUUGCUAUCCUGGCCGAGAGGGAACUGGGGCCCAAACUCUACGGCAUCUUCCCCCAGGGCAGGCUGGAGCAAUACGUGCCUAGCAGGAGACUGGACACCAGCGAGCUGGGCAUUCCAAGCACGUCGGCCGAAAUCGCCCAGAAGAUGGCCCGGUUCCACGGCAUGAGAAUGCCUUUCAACAAAGAGCCAAAAUGGCUGUUUGGCACCAUGGACAAGUACCUGAACCAGGUGCUGAGGCUCAGCUUCACCAGGGAGUCCCACGUGCGCCAGUUCUCCCAGCUCAUGAGCUUCAACCUGCCCCAGGAGAUGGAGACGCUCAGGUCCUUGCUGGAGUCCACCCGUUCGCCCGUCGUCUUCUGCCACAACGACUGCCAGGAAGGUAACAUUUUGCUCCUAAACGGACGCGAGAACAUGGAUGGACAGAAGCUCAUGCUGAUUGACUUCGAGUACAGCAGCUACAACUACAGAGGGUUUGACAUCGGGAACCACUUCUGCGAGUGGAUGUACGACUACACCCACGAGAACUUCCCCUUCUUCAAGGCCAGCCCGGAGAACUACCCGACGCGGGCGCAGCAGCUGCAUUACAUCGGCGCCUACCUGUCGGAGUACGACAGCGGGUUCGAGGCCCUGAGCGACGCGGAUCAGGCCAGGCUGAAGGAGGACGUGAUGCUGGAGGUGAACAGGUUUGCCCUCGCCUCUCACUUCUUCUGGGGUCUGUGGUCCAUCAUUCAGGCCAGGAUAUCCGCCAUUGAGUUUGGGUACAUGGUGAACGCAACGGGCCGGUUCGACGCGCAUUCGGACGAGAGGACAAAUGUAACGGGAAAGUCCUGCCAAAAUGUCUCUCUGGCUCACGUCACACACGAAAAACAAUCGGUUUGGUGUGUGGUUACGACAGCCGCCGUGUUAUUCCACCCAACAUAACUUUCGGUUGCGUAG